AUGGCACCGAGGAAGCACCGUGCGCCGAUUGUGCCCCGCCAUGCGCCGCUUGGCGGCGCGGCGGCACAUGUCGGCAACGGGAGCGCCGCAACCGUUGGCAGCGGCAAGGUGCAGAAUUCCAAGGGCGCACCCAGCAGCAAGCAGCUAGACCAGGGGCAGCGCGGCCGUAAGCAACUGCAUGGCAACAACAAGCAGCAGCAACACCAGCAACAGCAGCAGCAGCAGCAGCAGCAGAGCUACAGACCACCAAAGCACCUGAGCAGUCAGCAGCACGGGGCCCGGGGCCGCGGCUCUCAGCAGGGGCACGAUGGAGGGCGCGCCGCCAACGGCAUGACGGCAGCGGCCGCCUCCCAGGACCCUGCGGCAGCAAACACAGUCUCGCAGCCGCCGCCCAAGAAGCAACGCCUGGGCGUCGGUUCGCAGGGGAAUCAGCUGCCGCGGCAGCAGCAGCAGCAGCAGCAGCAGACGCUGCAAGAUCCGCGGUCCCACCAGCAGCAGCAGCAGCAGCAGACGCUGCAAGAUCCGCGGUCCCACCACCAGCAGCAGCAGCAGCAGCAGCCACAGCAGCAGCAGCAGCAGCAGCAGCAGCAGCACAAGAAGCAGCACAAGAAGCAGGGGAAGCAGCAGCAGGAGGGCCAGCAGCACGCUCAGGAGCCGCAGUCAACAAAGCCGCGGCAGCAGAACCAGCAACAUUCGCAGCACCAGGCAAGGCACAAGCAGCAAUCACAGCAAGAGCCGCAGCGGCAGCAGGGGCAAAAUCAUCAUCAGCAGCAGCAACCGCAGCAGGCGCAGCAGCAGCAGCAGCAGCCCCAGCAGCCGCAGCAGCCGCUCCACAAAAAGCCCAAGCACAAGAAGCGCAAACGGUUGGCUGAGGGCGAGGCCGCAGCAGGCGCAGCCGUUGCGAUCGACAUGGCAUGCGUUGCCGCGGUCGCGAAGGCGCCACCUGGGAGCAAUUGGCAGGCGCUAAAGCAGCAGCUGGCGGAGCAGGCGGCUUCGGCACCGAAGCGUCGCCGGCGGCAGCCGCAGGACGGCAGCGGCAGCACUGGGAAGGACAAAGAGGCCGCAGCAGCAGCCAAGGGCAUCGCCAGCAUCGGCACCAACACGGCGCUCACAAACGUUUUGGCGGUUGACUGCGAGUUUGUGGGUGUCGGGCCCGGCGGAUCCAUGGACGCCCUGGCGCGUGUCAGCGUGGUCAACAACGAGGGUAAUGUGGUGCUGGACACAUUCGUGGCCGUCAAGGAGAAGGUCACAGACUACAGGACCUGGGUCAGCGGCGUCAGGCCGCAGGACCUGGUGGGGGCGCCUAGCCUGGAGGACGUGGCGGAGCGCGUGGCGCGGAUGGCCGAGGGCCGCGUGCUGGUGGGGCACUCGCUGUCGAAGGACCUCAAGGUGUUGCUGCUCAGCCACCCCCGCAAGGACAUCCGCGACACGGCAAAGUACCCGCCCUACAUGUUCAGCCGCGGCGGCAAGCGCCGCCCCCAGGCACUGCGCCAGCUGGCCAAGAAGGAGCUGGGGCUGGAGAUCCAGUCGGGGGAGCACAGCAGCGUGGACGACGCGCGCGCGGCGCUGUACCUCUACCACAAGGCGCGGCGGGAGUGGGAGCGCGCGGCGCGCGCCGGCGCGGUGAGCAAGCUCCCGACGGCGGGGCAGACGGCUCGGCGGCGGGAGAGCUACGGCGCGCGGGACGUGCGGGACGACCCGAUGGCGGACCUGUGA